GGGGAGGGUUAGAUGGCGUUGGUAUGGGAGCGAGAUCUCCAGGAGCCGCGGAUUUCCGCCUCAGUCGGCGUGGACCAACAAGGAGGACAAGGAAACCCUGCUCUGCGAGGUGAGGCUCCCACCAAAGAUGGCUCCGGCGGAGAGCUGCUGCACUUCAGCGAGGAGGUCAUCAUCCUCAUCCUGAAGUGGCUGGACCCCUUCUCUCUGCUCAAGGUGGGGAGCACCUGUUGGAAGCUCUUCCGGAUCUGCUCCUGCAACUCUCUGUGGAGGCAUCAUUUCCAGGUGUCGUUCGGAGCGGCCUUCCCCAGCCCCGCGUGCCCCAUGAGCGCCAAAGAGGCCUUCCGGCUCCUGUUCAUGUGGAAGACGCUGUACCGCAACGUGCAGUGCAACCCGUCGCUGCUGGAGAGGCUCGUGGGGGAGCUGCCGUACCCGCCCGCCACCUACUGGAUGCAGUGGCUCGUCCUGGAGGAGUCGGUCCCGCUGCCCGCCCUGAGGCUCGGUUGGGCCUACGUGGAGGGCCUGUGGGGCAUCCCCAGGGAGGAGCUGGAGGAGAACCAGGGAGCUAUGGAUGAAGAGAACAUUUUAUGGUUUGAAUGGAAGGACCUUUAUCACCUGGCAGUCCUGUACCAUGGUGGAGUCACCAUGGUUUUCCAGUAUGUUCUCAACAAGCAGUGCACGUGUGAUCACAGCGAGCUGGAGACCCUAUUCCAGGAAUACAGAGAGAACCGCUUCCAUUGGCGGUUUGUCUCUUGGCUGUUCCACCAGCCAGAACCCCUGGACAAACAGCUGCGUGCCAUCUACCUGCAGUGGCGCCCUCACUGCAAGCGUAAAGUGAGCUACUGGGGCCAGGCUGCAUGCGAUGUGCCCUACUUGGCCUCUCUACAUCCCAUUGCCAGUGAUUUCUGCUUGGGCAAGCUGGCACAGGGUGACGAGAACAACGGAAUUCAGACCUUGGAGAAUUAUUUCUCCAUGUGUAAAUCUCUAGUGGCCUGGAUUUUAGGGCGUGACUGGGGAAGGAUGAAGCGUAGAAAGGUGUAUGAGGAUACUCUGGAGGGGGUCUACAGGCAGCUCCGGAAUGAGAUGUGCAAGACACCGAUUGAUCAUGACCAGUUCUGGCAGGUGGCUAAGGUCCAGAUGACUUGUGUUUGCACGCUGUUAGACGCAACUACCAACUACGUAAACUGGAGCCUAAUCAAGACUCUGCCAUAUUACAGGCUGUAUCUGCUGUCUGGGAAUGAUGUUUACAUAGAGCUCAUCAAGGGCUUCCUGCACAGGAAGAGGCAGGUCCAUGACUGGGUCCACCUGGAGGAGAAUGCUUGGAUCAUGCAGCUGGUACCAGAAGCGCUCUGUACUCUGCUGGAGUUUGAUACCAAGAUGACGGAAGACAUCCUACAUGGUGACUCAUUAGUGUCCCAGUUGAGUCGGGUUCUCUGGCUCUACUUGCACUCUGGCCAGCACGUCUACUUGGAUUCACUGAAGAGUAUGCUGCUGACCUGGGCUAACGCUAACAUGGACUACUUUUCCACCCUGGGGGCUGCCAGCCCUUCUUCCCAUCCUGUUUGGUAACCCCAGCAACCUUUGGCAGCUUGGCCUUUGAAUAUUCUUUUAUGCAGCUCCAAGGUUCUGUACUUGGAGCUCUUUAGCCUAAAUUCAUUUUUAUUCAUUUAUAUUUAUUUUUAAUGGUGUGUAUGACAAGUAUUUAUGUGACUGUGGAACAUGUAGGAAUAUAGUAGCAAGACUUACCACAUUUAGCAAUAUGUCAGCGUUGGUGUAGUUUUAACCAACUUCUCAAUAGAAAAAUUGUGUGCUCAUUUCAAGACCUUUCAGCAGAAAUUUUUAUGGAAUUUUACUUUAUUGGCUGUUUUCAUCUAGGGGCAUGAAAUAAGCUUGAACCUGGUCCUUUAUUACUUUUUGUACUUUGUUUUGAGAUGCCCUAAUGUUGGAAGAGGGUGCCUCAUGAAUAAAUGCCCAAAAUAGGUUUGUGUACCUUCCCUCAAUAUUGAAAUUUGAAAUAACCACCACAACUUAUAUUCAUUUGAUAUUUUACUCAAAGCUGUAGUGAGUGAGUGACAAACAGAUGGUGCCCUUUCCAGGGCCUGCCCCUACCUCGUAAGAUCAUGUUGGGUCAGUGGUGUGUAAGCAGACGGAUAAAUGUAUACCUGUAGAUAAUGACUUUUUGCUGUUAUACUCUAUAUGAUUAUUAGAGAGGGAGGCACAUCCGUUGUAGCAGCCACACACCUCUAGUCACAAAGGCAUUAAUCUAAUCUGAGUUGGUUCUCUAAUUGGCUUGAUGACUUCUUGGAAUGGUAUAUUUACUGUGACUAUCUGAAGGUUUUUUUUUUUUUUUUUUUCCCCUUCCUUCCCCCUAAAGACUU